CCACGCCUCCACUAGAGAGGUCGCAAACGGAACCCACACCAUCCCCCAAACGAACAAGGAAAAAGUUUUCGAUUUCUCCGCGAUUCUCCUCCGGCGGCUCGCCGAUUCCUGUCGAUCCAGCUAUCGGGGUUAUUAGGCGUUCGGAUUUGGAACCCGCAACCAUGACGACGGACCAGCCGGUGAUCAGCUUGCGCCCCGGCGGCGGCGGCGGCGGCCCCCGCGCCAGCCGCCUCUUCUCCCCCGCCUUCGCCACCGCCGCCUCCGGUUCCGGCGACUUCCUCCGACCGCACGGCGGCGCUGCCUCCGGCGUCUCCAGGAUUGGCGACUCACAUUUUGAGACACGUGAGCGUAUUCGUUAUUCAAGAGAUCAACUUCUUGAGCUGCGCGAGAUCGCUGAUGUACCUGAGGACAUCUCAAGGAUUAAGCAGGAAAUUGAAGCAGAGCUUCAGGGUCUGCUUCAGGUUGAUGACCAGAGCUGGGUUCGCAAUGAUUCAAUUGUGCCAGCGCAGACGCAAACCCAAACCCAAACACAAGCACAAGCACAAAAUCGGUAUACAGAGACAGAUAACCGUGACUGGCGUACACGCACAGUGCAACCUCCACCAGUCCAUGAAGAGAAGUCUUGGGACAAUAUUCGUGAAAAUAAAGAAUUGUACAAUUCAAGUGGUAGGCAGCAAGAGCAAUUUAACAGGCAAGAUCAGUUGAGCUCCCAAUUUGUUUCAAAAGCACAGGUUGGCCCCCCUCCAGCUCUUAUCAAGGCUGAGGUACCUUGGUCAGCCCGAAGAGGCAAUCUCACGGAGAAAGAUAGAGUCCUGAAAACAGUGAAAGGUAUAUUAAACAAACUGACGCCAGAGAAAUUUGAUCUACUCAAGGGCCAACUACUGGAAUCUGGAAUCACUACUGCUGAUAUUUUGAAGGAUGUUAUUUCUCUCAUAUUUGAGAAGGCUGUUUUUGAGCCCACCUUCUGUCAGAUGUAUGCCCAACUUUGUUCUGAACUCAAUGACAAUCUCCCGUCAUUCCCUCCCGAAGAAUCAGGUGGUAAAGAGAUUACAUUCAAACGUGUGCUGUUGAACAAUUGUCAGGAAGCUUUUGAAGGUGCCGACAGCCUUAGGGUCGAGAUUGCAAGAUUGAUUGAACCUGAUCAAGAGAUGGAGAGAAGGGACAAAGAAAGGAUUUUCAAGCUUAGGACACUUGGGAAUAUUCGUCUCAUUGGUGAGCUACUGAAGCAAAAGAUGGUACCUGAGAAGAUAGUUCAUCACAUUGUUAAGGAAUUACUGGGUUCUGAUAAAAAGGCUUGUCCUGAUGAGGAACACGUUGAAGCCAUCUGUCAGUUCUUCAAUACGAUUGGCAAACAGCUUGAUGAGAACCCAAAGUCUCGCCGAAUUAAUGAUACCUACUUCAUUCAGAUCAAGGAACUAGUCGCAAAUCCUCAGUUGACACCACGUUCGAAGUUCAUGGUUCGUGAUUUGAUUGAUCUUCGUUCUAACAACUGGGUACCUCGACGUGCGGAGAUUAAGGCCAAGACAAUUAGUGAAAUUCACUCGGAGGCUGAAAAGAAUCUUGGUUUACGCCCCGGGACCACAAUGAGGAAUGGACGUAAUGCACCAGGUGGGCCCCUUUCGCCUGGAGGUUUUCCAAUGAAUAGGCCAGGGAUAGGAGGUAUGAUGCCCGGGAUGCCUGGAUCAAGAAAGAUGCCUGGGAUGCCUGGGUUAGAUAAUGAUAACUGGGAAGUUCAGCGUUCUAAAUCAAUGCCAAGGGGUGACCCACUUCGCAACCAGGGUCAGUCUGUUAAUAAGCUGUCAUCUAUUAACAAGCCAUUGCCCAUCAACCACAAGCUUCUUCCUCAAGGCAGUGGAGCACUGAUGGGAAAGAGUGCACUUCUGGGCACUGGCGGUCCACCGUCUCGCCCUUCCAGCUUUACUAGUCCCAUUCAGUCACCAGGGCAAGCUACAGCUUCACCAAAACCAUUGAGUGCAACUCCAGCUCCUGUGCUUGUCCCUGACAAAGCAGCCACUUCUUCCAAGGUUAUCCCCGCCGAGCUUCAGAAGAAGACAAUAGCUCUUCUGGAGGAGUAUUUCGGUAUACGUAUUCUGGAUGAAGCACAACAAUGUAUUGAGGAGUUGCAGAGCCCUGCUUAUUACCCUGAGAUCGUUAAAGAAGCCAUCAAUCUUGCUCUGGAUAAAGGUGCCAGUUUUGUUGAUCCUCUUGUUAGGCUUCUGGAGCAUCUGUACACCAAGAAAAUUUUCAAGACUGAAGAUCUGGAAAAUGGUUGUUUGCUAUAUGGGUCGCUGUUGGAAGAUAUCGGUAUCGACCUUCCUAAAGCUCCAACACAAUUUGGUGAGAUUGUUGCUCGUCUGAUUUUGUCGUGCGGUCUGAGAUUUGAAGCUGUUGAGGAGAUUUUAAAGAAAAUGGAUGAUACCUUCUUCCGCAAAGAAAUUUUUAAAGCUGUCACAAAAACCCUGGAAGCAAACUCACCAGGUCAGGCUAUCUUGAGCUCACAUGCUGCUGUCAUUGACGCGUGCAACAACCUCUCGAAAUAAUAGCUCUCGGCAGCUCAACAUCUCAUAUGCUGUAUCUAGUGUGAACAGCAUGGUGUAUUCUUCUAUAGUUUAGGUGUUUCACUGCUGAGGAACUCUGAUGCUGGAGGGUGCGAGCAACAGCCAGUUUUGAGCUGUAUAUUUUUGCGAGGUAACAUGAGUGUUGGUUAUUGGUUCGACAAUGAAGGAAAAGAAAGAAGCCAUGGAUUUUGCUCUCUUGCGGCGGCGUCUUAAUUCGCUGGAGCAUGAGAUGAACAAGGCUUAAAUGUGAUGUUUUUGAGUCCCCUCAAUGUUAUUAUUUCUUUUCUGUCCUUACAGAUUUUGUAACAAUGUACUAUGGUUUUGGAGUAUUCUGUUGGUUACAAUAUACUCCUAUUCUAUUGUGUCGUCGUCGCAGGAGUCCAAAUUCAAUCUAUAGAUUAUUUUGGCUUGUGACCCUCCGAAA